GAUUCGUCAACGUUUGCACUUGCGCAGUUUGCCAAUAGCUGGGUUACCUACCUUUGUGUUUUCUUGUCUCGCCUGUCAUUCAUUCAUUUAUCGGUGAACAUCAUUAUGUAGUCAGUUGCAUUGUUUAUUAUUGUAAAAUAAUAAAUAAUAGAAGCAUAAAUUGUGCGCGUGUGUAGUGUUACGUGUAAACAUUUAGUUUUUAUUUUCCAAUAUUCGCUGAAUCCUUAAAUAGGAUUCUGUUGAAGUGCAAUUUAUAAAAUUGGUGUAAUUUACUUCAAUUCGCGAUCUUUCUUGGACACACCAACAGACCGAUGAAAAUGGACGAAGACUCCACAAAGAUAGCAUGACGUCAAUUGCAUUGAACUGUGAUUUAAUUUAAGUAAAAGAUCUCAUAUUAAGCGUAAAUGAUCACAGACAUAUAUUAGUUGAAGAUGCCUGCGAUUUUGACUAAGAUUAGGGAGCAGGCGUCGAGGGUCCAGCCCUCGAUAGCUCUGGGGGUGGGUGUCGGCGUGGCGCUGGCGGCCUGCGCGGUAUACGGCACUAGGGAUAAGAAGCAGAGCCCACCUUGCAACAAUAACAAUAAUUAUAAGGUAACGAAAAACGGCAAAUUACAAACAGUGGAGAAUGGGACUGCCAAUGGUGACAAAUGUGGGGGGCGCUGCGGCGCGGAGCAGUGCGCCCUCUGCCGGGGCGAUGCCGAUACUGACAACAAACAGAAUAUUGAAGAUGCUGACGAGACCCAAUCGAUAGAGGAGUACGUGCCAGGUCUGAACUUGGAGUUCCUCCGGCAGCUGAUCAGCCUCGCCAAGAUCAUGGUGCCCGGAGUGAGGAGUCACGAGGUGGCGCUGCUGUCCGCGCACACGCUGUGCCUGUUCACAAGGACGUUCCUGUCCAUCUAUGUGGCUUCCUUAGAGGGGUCUAUUGUAAAGCACAUAGUCCAGAAAGACAUGAAGCGUUUCGCGGCGCUCCUCAUGCAGUGGUUCGGCAUCGCCGUCCCCGCCACCUUCAUCAACUCCAUGAUUCGGUACCUGGAGAGCAGGCUGGCCCUCGCCUUCAGGACCCGCCUCGUCAACCACGCUUACGACCUUUACUUCAAGAACCAGACUUACUACAGAGUCGCAAACUUGGAUGCUAGGAUUGAAAAUGCUGAUCAUAGACUAACGGAAGACGUGUCAGUGUUCACGCAGUCGGUGGCGCACCUGUACAGCUCGCUGACGAAGCCCUGCUUCGACUUGCUGCUCAUCGUGCUCACCCUCGCCACGUACUCCAACAAGAUGAAGGGCAAUAUAUUUAUUGGUCCAACAAUAGCGACCAUAGUGAUCUGCCUAACGGGUCAGCUGCUGCGACUACUGAGUCCCAGGUUUGGUGCGCUGGCCGGGGAGGAGGCGCGCAUGAAGGCAAACCUGCGACACGUGCAUGCGAGACUCAUCGCACAUGCCGAGGAGGUCGCCUUCUAUGGAGGACAUAAGGUGGAACUAGGUCAACUUCAGAACGCCUACCAAGAGUUGGUCGCCCAGAUGACGUCAGUUUUCAACAAGAAGCUGUGGUACGUGAUGCUGGAGCAGUUCUGCAUGAAGUACGUGUGGUCGGGGACAGGCAUGGUCAUGUUGGCUUUGCCGAUUUUGACCUCACGAGCGAAGAAAGAUGGUAGUAACAGUAUAAGUGACCGCGCCGAGUACAUGACGACGUCUAGGAAUCUGCUCAACUCUGCCGCCGACGCCAUCGAGAGGCUCAUGUCUAGUUAUAAGGAGAUCGUGACGCUGGCGGGCUACGCGACGCGCGUGUCGGACAUGCUGGUGGUGUUCGGGGAGGUGGCGCGCGGCCGCUGCGUGCGCGCCGUGCACGUGCAGGCGCAGCACCCCGCCUUCCAGGUCACCUUCCGCGACAACCGCCCCGUGCCGCAAGGCAAGAUAAUGUACACAAACGAUCAAUCAAUACGGCUGCGCGGCGUGCCCGUCGUCACGCCGGCGUGUGACGUCGUGGCCGCGGGUGUCACGCUGGACAUCGAACCCGGCACGCAUUUGCUGAUUGUCGGGCCUAAUGGAUGCGGGAAGUCUAGUUUAUUCCGCAUCAUCUCCGGCCUGUGGCCCGUGUUCGGCGGCGAGCUGCACGUGCCGCGGCCCUGCUCCUGCUCGCACUGCGCCGACGAGACCAACCUCACCGAGGCGGGCUACUGCACGUCCAGGCCCAUCAUGUUCUACAUACCACAGAGGCCGUACAUGUCGAUGGGCUCCCUGAUCGACCAGGUCACGUACCCGGCCCGCACCGCCCCCGGCGACGCCGAGGCGGAGCGGCGCGCGGCGCACAUCCUGCGCCUGGUGCGGCUCGGGGCCGCCGCGGCCCGGCACGGCGGCCUGCGGGCCGUGCGCGACUGGCGGGCCACGCUCUCCGGCGGCGAGAAGCAGAGGAUGGCCAUGGCGCGCAUGUUCUACCACAGGCCGGUAUACGCGCUACUAGAUGAGUGCACGAGCGCCGUCUCCAUGGAAACGGAGGUCGUUAUGUACGAGGAGGCUGUGAAGGAAGGCAUCACCUUGUUAUCCAUCACGCAUCGACCCAGCGUGUGGAAAUACCACACGCACGUCUUAGAGUUCGACGGCGCGGGUAACUGGUCCUACAGGCCUUUAGACAAAGAAGCCCCCGCUGUCACCACGAUCCUGACUGCGCUACCACCAGCGGCCGAGCCCAUCACCACGUCGCCAGAAACCCAAACGGUUGCGGAACACUGACACCAACUCUUGUAAUGGUACUUAUGACACGUCUUAACCCUUUAGCAAUUUGUAAAGCGAGUUUUCAAGGUAAAAAUGUGCUGAAAGAAGUUUAAAAUUGAUACUUUCUCUUUCUUAAGAAGGUAUAGCACUAAGAUCUACAAUGUAUUAUACAAUUAUUUUGAUUAUUUGUUCAGCGAAAGCCAGUUUAAAAAAAGCAUACUUCACGUCUAUUUUGUAAACGCUUUCGUCAUUUUCCAGCAAUUUAGCUUCAGAAAUACUUUGGCACAAAUUUUUUAAAGUGUAACCGCACUUAAAUUUUUCUGAACUUAACUCGCCGCUACGACAUCUAGUGGCUAUUACCGUGAACUAAAUACUUAUUUUGCUUUUGUAUUAUCAACUGCUUAUUGUAAGAGGGUUAUUGCGAAAAUGGGGUUUAAAACCCUCAUAAUAAAGUCCAUUUCGUCCUGUGAGCACAUAGUGAAAUUCAGCAAUACGCUGUUCUAGUAAUAUUUAACUGGUGUAUAUUAGAUACUAAGCCUUAAUUCUUAUGGCAUAGGGUGCGUUUUGCAAUGUAGUCCCUAUUUAUGCAGCUAAAACACUUGGAAGAAUUUGCCCAUAUUUAAAUAUUAGAACGUAAUAGUGAAGCAACAAAAUAUAGUGUUACUUAAAUAUCGAUAGUCGAUAUAAAAAAAUAUCAGAGUAAGAUCGUGAAGCAACUCUGAGUCAUUAUUGGUAUUUUAGACUUUAAGUUGAAAUGAUCAAAAGUCACGUGAUCACCUUUAAAACCUGGGACAUUAUUAUGAGAUUACUAGCAACUGACAAAUAUUCUAAACCCAAGAUUUUAACCAGUUUUCAAAACAGCUGGGGUGGACAACUCUUAUCACUUAAAGGUAUGGAAAAUAUCUGUUAGCCGAUUCUCCCUACUAAAUGCAUAAAAAAUGGCAUAAAAAUCAGUCAAGCCUUUUCUAAAGAGCAACUAACAAUAAUUGUGGCACGAGAAUUAAAACUAUCGUUUAUCGAUUCAAAAUAGCACUAUAGUUAUUUAAGUAGCACUAUAAAAGACCAAUAAAUAAAUAAGUGAUAAACCAGAUAUAAGAACGAGGUUCUAAGCUAUGUUCAACACGACCAAGCACCGACCAUGUAUCUCAUAAGCAACUAGUAUUACAAACUGUAGCACUAAGUAACGUCUCGAUGUAAGGAAUCAUGACAGAGAUAACAAUAGAGGACAUUGAUAAUAACUGCUAUACUUCCCACUGCUGGGCAUAGGCCUCUUACUGUAUAGGGAAAGGUUUUGAGCAUUGUCAACCACGCUAGCUUAUUGCGGGUGAUUUCAGAUUUCAAUAUUUUUAAUCCAGGUUUCCUCUAGAUGUUUUGUUUAGAUUAAUUAAGAAAGUGCAUACAGUGCACCUGCACACAGUACAUAAAAAUCUAUGCACAGAAACGCAAGGUCACCACGACAUUGUUUCCGUUGCUCGAAAACCUUUCAACCAAUUUAAGUUUAUGAGUGAAAACUUAUGCAAACAUUAGGACAAAAUGUUUACCUAACUGCUCACCUAUUUCAAAGUUAGCUAUGAUAACCGACUUGUGCAGAAGGACGGUAAUGUUUUUCACAAUGUUCUUCAGUAAGUUUAGCUAAGGCCACGGUUCCCCGAUAGUACAUGCAUACAACCUCCAUAGAAUGGGCUAGACACUCCACGAUCAGUUGUAUCUUAUGUAAAUAAUAUUUUAUAUUGUAAGGCAGGAACUAUAAGCAAAUCUUGCUAAAUUACCCGUACCAUGAGGUUUUAAAACAGAUUUGUAGCUUUAGCAGAAGCGAGAUAGCAGCAUUCGCUGUAGAGCGUUGUCCUGCUUCCACAAUGGUCACAAUAAUGUUUUGAAAUCUCAUAGUAUUGCUAAAGAUUUUAUUUAGUUACCUAUAUUUUGGUAUCUUCAAUGUUGUUUUUAUUUUUAUACGUAUAUGUUCUCUGAGAUGAAUUCCAAACGUCUUAUGAAGUGAAUAUGACAUGAAGAAUAUUCAGUCACCUUCGUAUAAAAAAACAAAUUGUAAUUGAUUGACAUUGUACAUUAAUUAUAUUGUAUAGGUAAUUAGCCUCUUGGUGUCAUCCGCGUUAGUCCUCGUUCUCAUAAAUUGUAUUUUCGUGAUGUUUUCCCAUUUUCAUGAUUAUCCAAAUUAACAAAAAUGGUAACAUACGUUUUACAAAUCGAGAUUAUUUUGGCGUAAAACAGUUCUUUGUUGUGUUAUCAUAACUGAGUAAAAGGUUAAUGAAAUUAUAAAUCUUGUUAAAAAUAAUAAUUGGAAUAAGUGAUUGGCCACUAUGCCGUCUAUUGCACUUUUGAGAUUAAUAAAAUAGAGAUUAUUUUAAACUUUUUACUUAUCUCGGUAGAUUUUCGUCCAAUACAACUUACUGUUUGGCUUGGUUUGAUUGGAAGCCUAAAAAAGCUUUAGGCCUUAUUAUAUUAGGAAAUAUUAACUCCAUUUGUCAAUUUAUAAAUAAUUUUUUUAUACAAAUCGUUACAAAGGAUACAACUGUUCAUAGGGUAUGGUUUAUUUAAAAAGGGUCCGAUUAGAUAAUAUGACAUCAUUGCCUGUUGUGUCACUUUUGGGAAUCAGGAUGACGUAAAGUGUAUCACUCAGGAAGCGAAUAUUGCAUCAUUAUUGGUACAGGAAUUUAAAUAAAUAUCGCCUAUUGAUAUUAUAUAAUGAUGGUCUUCCAUAGAAAGUUACAUCAGAAUAUAUUAUCAAUACAAUUAAUUAGGCAAAAGUUUAACUAUGAUGUAACAUUUCAACGGUUUUAAUUGAUUUUAAUUAAUGUACAAUGACAAUUAAAUUUUAUAAACACCAGUUACUGUAAUUAAUGUAGUUAUUUCUUUAACUUUUUAUAACUUUUGUGAGAUUAUCAAUCAUGGCUGUUAGUUUUUUUUUUAAUAUAAUUGUAUUAUAGCAACAUAUCGAAAUUAUAAGGACAUUGUAUUUUUGUAUUUAUUGUUACGAGUAUAUGUUGUAUUGUAUAUUGUAAAUAGGUAGUUAAUGAGGUAAUUAAGGGCGAUCGAUGAGAAAUAAAGUGGGUUUUAUAUGAG